AUCUACUGAAGAUAUGAGAGGUUGAGUCUACGUCUGCACCACCCCCUUCAUUUCCCCACAAUCAACAGGAAGACUGGAGGCCGGAGAGAGUAACUAUACUCCGCAGGAGAGGAAGGACGUAGAGGUCCAGCUGCACAAUUAGAACAAAGGAAAACCUUCAAGGCAAAGGAAUGAGCAAGAAUCAGAAAGAAGUGAAGAAAAUCCAGACGGUUUAUCUGCAGAACUUAGAGAAGCUAAACCAGGGAAUAAAGCCGGAGAAGAAAAGUUGGAAACCAAAGGAGGGAGAGUUUGCUGUGCAGACAGCGAUGGAAAAGCUGCGGCAGCCUCCCAUAACUGGAAAAGUCACCAAAAGUUCAGCUCACAGAAUCAGCAGAGAUCUGACCUGCUCUAUCUGCUUGGACCUCUUCAAACAGCCAGUGUCUCUGCCCUGCGAUCACACUUUCUGCCAGGGCUGCAUCGAGGGGUACUGGACCGGUCCUAGGGGUCCUGGCCAAGGGGGCACUGGCUCCUGCCCUCAGUGCAGGAAAGUGUACCCCGGGCAGAGCUACAGGCCAAAUCGCAUCGUGGCAAACAUCGUGGAGAGCUACUGUCAGGGUCUGGAGGAGAGCGGGUCUUCAGGCUGUCUGCCAGAUGUUGGGGUACCAGAGAGGGUCCCUGCUCCAAUCCCCCGCUGUAACAGACACAGAGAGGAGCUGAAGCUGUACUGUGAUGAGGACCAGGAGCUGGUGUGUCUGGUGUGUGGUCUUUCACAGGAGCACAGAAAUCACACCAUGGUGUGUGUGCAGGAGGCCGAGCUGAAGUACAGAGUGAGUUCACCUUUAAGUUAACAACAACCUCAUGUCAAGAUCUUACUACUGAUGUUAUUUGAUGUUCAUUUCUAAGAAUCUGCAGACUGGGAUGGACCUCAGGAAGUUUGCAUUGUCACAAAGUGCAUGUAGGAAAGUUUACACCGUCCCUGUAGGUCAAAGUUCAAAGUGAUACUUGCAACAGCCCUUUUUACCGUCAAUGCAAACAGAUGAUUUAUACGAAUGCCAGAAUCCUUUUUAAUUUGUGUCUUGCACAAUAAAAGUUUGAGGCAGGUCAGUCUCUGUAGUGAUUUCGUGAUUCUGUCCUAUCAGGCGCUGCUCAACAGUUCCAUGGAUUCCCUCAAAGGUGAACUGAACACAGCGCUGCAGUAUGACAGGGAGGCUGAGGAGGAGGUCAAAAAGCUCAAGGUGAGAGUUGUAGCCGACUGCACAUGGAUGCACAAAAAAGACUCACAGGAGCCAUUUCUUCACAUUCCUCCUGUGUUCGCUUGUCUAACCCGUGUCUUAAAUCAGCUGUAAAUUACUCAAAAAACAAUUCUCUAUCAUCCAAUUUGGUUCUCAUCUCUAGGUUCCACGAAAAUAUUGUUGAUAAUAUUUUGUUGUGGGCCUCUGGACCUUUCUUUGUUAGUACACCCCAUACAGACAGCUAUACUGAAUUGAUUUCACAUAUUUGGACAUGCCUGCAAUGUUUUUUGUGCAGGAAAAAACACGGCAAAAUGAGAAUGUCUUAAAUCUCAUAUGAUUGGAAGAGGAUCUGACUGUCAGUGCGGUGCCUGACAGUGCACAUAUGAUUUUAAUUUUUGAUUUUAAUUAUUUUAAUUAUUGAUUUUUAAUCAAACUGGGUCAACAGCGACCCUAACACAAGUGCCAUAAUCUUAAUAAGAGCAUUUUUUUAUUUUCACUUUGUUGAAAUAGAGGUCCCUGACAAAAUCAAGACGUCAUGAUGCCAAAAAGCCAAUCUAUGUGGUUCUUUUGAGUAUUUAAAAACAAAAACAGGUCAGUGCAGACCCUAACACAGGAGGAGAGUUAAGAUAUAAGUAUGUUUUAUUGAAUGAAGAAGAGUUUAUGCUUCAGUCUUUGUGCUAAUGCUUAUUUUAUAUCUAAACUGUAUUUCUUAUGAACUUCUUGCGAUUAUGGAUCUGCAUAUAUAGUGAGCAAAACAAUGAAGCUAUUUGGCACCAGAAUAAAAUAACAUACUGACUAAACAUUUUAUUUGUAUUUCUUUCAAUAUAAACCUUAAAUGCAAAUCAGAUGUUGUGUCUAAGCUGCAGUACAGCUGCCCACCACAGGUUACGUGUGAAGCUAGCUCCUUAAAUGCUCUGCUACCCAGAUGUAAGCCAGCACAGAUCAGAUCUCAAACAGUUUGGCUGUGUUUUGAUGUAGAAAAUGGAGAUACGGUUGUAUGUGGGCCAUAUUUAAAAACCAGAGUAAUGUUGUUUACAGAGAGAUGUGGGCAUAAACCCAUAGACUGUAUAUACUAUAUACUUCUAUACUUCUAUACUAUACUAUACUUAUACUUAUACUUAUACUAUACUAUACUAUACUAUACUUCUACUAUACUAUACUAUACUUCUAUACUAUACUAUACUAUACUAUACUUAUACUAUACUUAUACUUAUACUAUACUAUACUAUACUUCUAUACUAUACUAUACUAUACUAUACUAUACUAUACUUCUAUACUUCUAUACUAUACUAUACUUAUACUAUACUAUACUAUACUAUACUUCUAUACUAUACUAUACUAUACUAUACUAUACUAUACUAUACUAUACUCAUACGUAUACUUAUACUUUACUAUACUUAUACUAUACUAUACUAUACUAUACUUCUAUACUAUACUAUACUAUACUAUACUAUACUAUACUAUACUUAUACUUAUACUAUACUAUACUAUACUAUACUAUACUAUACUUCUAUACUAUACUAUACUUCUAUACUUCUAUACUUCUAUAUGCAGUCUAUGUAUAAACCUGAAAAAUGGACUGAACUCUGCAAAACUACUUUGAUAUUGUUUACCAACACAUGCCGUGAUCCUGUUUUAGCCUUGUUAAAUUAAGAGAUUAGUCUCUUUGGAGCAUCUUUACCUGUAACCAUGACGCUAUUUUCACCUCCAACUCUUAGGAGCACACAGCUGACCUGAAGCAACGCAUUGAGGCCCAGUUCAGCGACCUGCACCAGUUCCUGUACCAGGAGGAGAAACUGUUGCAGGUGAAGCUGAAGACAGAGGAGCGCAGGGAGCUGAUCCGUCUGGACGAGCACAAGGCCCUUCUGUGUGUGGAGAUUUCUCGUCUGCAGAGAGCCUUACAUGAGAUCGAGGACAAGCUGAAAGAGCAGGACGCCUUCUCUCUGCUGCGGGUAUAUGAGCGUGAUGUAUGAUGAAUGAAGCACAUCUGGAAGUUUUUAACAGCAUUGAUGAGUCAGCUUUUAGGGUGAAUAACAAAGAAAAGCUGAGCUGGCAGAUUCAAACUUUUUUCUUUUCAAAAGUAUUCACUUAUGUCAUGACAAAAAAAUAUGCCAAACUGUUAUAUUUGAGGUGAAAGGUUGCUUUCUUGGCAUGUAUUUUGGCCCAAAAUUUCAAAAAAUGCCCAAGAGUCAACAUUCAGGUUUUUACUCUACAGGGUGUGACCACUUUGGCUUUCCUGUAAAAGUUUGUACAACGAUCCCAAAAACCCUGAAAACCAUCUCUGCAUGUAACUGAAGAAUAAACUUUGACCUGCUGGUAAAAAUGUUCGCACCAAUCCUACUCUUCGAAUAACAGAAGACCUGAGCAGUGAGCGCAGACAGGAAGUAGGCCAGUGAUCUCAGCCGUUGAUCUGCAGGAUAAAGAGUUUAGUUCAGGCACAGGGCCAAGCUUAAGGCUUUGACUGAGGGGACUUUCCCCCGGCCGCGGGGAGAACCCGAAGGGUGGGAUUGCGUGAGCUCAGACAUUGAUGUCAUGUGGAAAAACCUCGAUAGUGUUUCAGAUACAACAAAGCUGAUCAUCUCCUGUGUUUAUUCCUUUGUCUCAUUUCAGAGCAUCAAAGUCCUGCUCCAGAGGUGAGUCUGGGAUGAGAUUUUUCAUUAUUUGACCCCAGAUCGAUUUUGUUUUUUCUCCUUUUCUUCCCUAUUCUCACUUCUUAGUGUGAUUUUGUUGGCAGGCCUUCACUGAAGUUUGAGAAACCUGCAUUUACACCUCCAAGUCUGUGUGAGGGUCGGUUUGCAGGGCCUCUGCAGUAUAGAGUGUGGAAAUCCAUGAAAGGAAGCAUUUACCCAGGUACUUUGGGCAACAUCUUUGCUACCUUUCAAAUCAAACCGCACAGACACACAAUAACCAACCACAUGUUGUUCAUUUCUAUGUUUCCUGUCUAUAGUUCCAGCAGCGAUCACAUUUAACUCCAGCACAGCCAACCCAUGGCUCAGCCUCACCUCCUCCCUCACCUGUGUCCGUUACCAAACCUUCAAUCACACAGUGCAGGACAACCCCUACAGGUUUAACGCAGCCCUGUCCCUCCUCGGAAGCCAGGGCUUCACCCAUGGGCGCCACUACUGGGAGAUCGAAGUCUACAGCAGCACUGUCUGGACUGUCGGUGUGGCCCGGGAGUCUGUGCCCAGGAAGGGAGUCAUCAAAGCUCUCCCAGCGAACGGCUUCUGGACUCUCUCCCUCUCUUAUGGGAUACAGUACAUGGCCGGCACUUCACCCCCGACUGUCCUGUCCCUAGAGGAGCCGCUGGCCCGGAUUGGAGUGUAUCUGGACUACAAGAGGGGCCUGGUGUCCUUCUACAAUGCAGAGUGCAUGACACACCUGUACACUUUCAGGGAGACCUUCACUGAGACGCUGUACCCGUACUUCAACCUGGGCUUUUUGGAUAAAGUGCAUGAGAAUGAGCCUCUCAAAGUUUUCUUACCAAAGAUUUAAAAAAAUGUGACAGGAACAAAAUAAUGACCCAAACAAAAGAAAACAGAGACUGGUGCUUUACUUUAUACAACAUUGUUCAAUUUAAAUGACCAAAGUGCAUCAUAUAACAAGAGUUUAGGUCAAGUUUUGUGUUUUUUAUGGAGCGUUGUUGAUUUAUUUCAUAAACAAACGAAAGGUUUUCUACCAAAAACAAGGUGUGAAGAUUGUGUCAUAUUGUCAACAUGACAGACUAUGUUGGCCUGUAACCUCAACCUGAUCAUCGGUGGGUCAGUGUUAUCUCAAAGCAGAACUGUGCAUUCACCUUCAAACAAGACAGAAAUCUCACAGAGAAACACAGAGACGCUCGAUCUGAACUCUGCAUGAAACUAUUCAGUAACCUUUACGUGACCUUUUUUGUCUUUGUAGAGCGCAUCUACCGCCGAACAUCAUUUCAGAGAGGCUGGACUUCGAUGAAGAAACUGAAACUGUGCAGUGUGCUAGCAUUGUUUUGUAUGAUAAAGUAAUCUUUCUUCUGCAUGAAACACUAACACAUUCCUUUAUAACUCUAGACUUUGAUUUUUAGACAUGUUGAAAUAUAUAUUUGUAAGCUGAUUAUAGUCUUAUUAUACUUAGGAUGAUUUUUGUCCAGUUCAGGACAUCAGGAAACUGUUUAGAUGACCUGGCUGCGAGUCUUUGAUAUUUCUUUUUAAUGUGUUUUAUUUUGAUAUCUACCUUUGACUCUGGUGCUCGAUGUCUGUGACUAGAGCAACUUGGCUGAUCCAAGUUGUGCAGUGUAAAACAUGAUUACAUAGGCAACAUUGUAUUAAAGGAAAUAUGUGAACAUUUUC